UGGAGACUGCCUCACUCUACAGCAGAGUGGGAUCGCAUUUUGUCUUUUCCUUCCGGCUGAACACAGAACAAACUCUUGUCUUGCACACUGUGCCUGUUCCUGGUUCCUGUAAAGUCAUGUUGCUGUACCUGGCAGCCCUCGUGGGCUUGUACACUUUGCGCUGAUACCGGGAGAGGCAGGUGGUGAGCCACCUCCAAGACAAGUAUGUCUUCAUCACGGGCUGUGACUCGGGCUUCGGGAACCUGCUGGCCAGACAGCUGGACAUGAGAGGCUUGAGGGUGCUGGCCGCGUGUCUGACAGAAGAAGGGGCAGAGCAACUGAGGAAGCGGGCAUCAGAACGGCUGGAGACAGUGAUCCUGGAUGUCACCCAGACAGAGAGCAUCGCUGCAGCCACCGAGUGGGUAAAGGAGCGUGUGGGGGACAGAGGUAGGAAAGAAUGUCACAAAGAUGCAGUGCGUGAGCUGAAAGGUUUUGGGGUGAAAGUCAGCGUGGUUGAACCUGGUAGCUUCAAAACAGAAAUGAUGGAUUUGCAGCAAUCCUUAGAGAGAGUGAAGCAAGCCUGGGAUGAAGCACCAAUGCAUAUUAAGAAAUCCUAUGGACAGCACUACUUUGAUACUUGUAUUUUUCCCCUUAGGGAAAGGUUUCUCUUUUUGUAUACAGAUUAUGGCUUAAUUAAGAAGUUGCUGUCAACUUGUAGCACAAACCUAUUCCUGGUCACUGACUGCAUGGAAUACGCUCUGACCUCAGCGCAUCCUCGUACUCGAUAUUCUGGCAGCUGGGGUGCAAAAUUUUUCUAUAUUCCUCUGUCUUACUUACCCACACCGUUGGCAGACUACAUACUGACCAGAUUUUGGCCCAAACCAAUCCAGGCAGCCUGAGGAAAUUGCAUUAGUGUCUUUUGGAAUGAACAAUACAAAUUUCUGAAAUUGGUUGUUAGUGUCUCGGUAACCCUUAUUCAGAGCCCAGGCUGUUUGUAACAGUAACUAUUGUUUUUAUCCUCAUUUAUCUGGCGUGUAAAUUAGAAAGCCAACACAUUCACAUUGCAGAGAUCUAAAAUUUACUACUUUUGUGAUGAAUUCUUGUGACAGAAUUUGCAGCCAGGUGCACUGGCAUGUGCCUGUAUUCCUGGCUAUUUCCAGAGCUGGAGCAAGAGAACAGCAAGUUUGAGAUCAGAGUAAGCACCUUUGGGAGAACCUCAGAGAGUAAACUGUAAAGAAUUUGCCAUACAACACAUUAUUAGAUUUUACUUUUAAAAACUAAAAUACAUGCAAAAGAGUAACAAAUAGAUUUAUAGAUGAGCUGAGACUUACAUGAAAAUUUGGCAUAUCAGAAGAAGCAUAAUAAGGUAGUGAAAAAAAUGAUUCAUAAGUAGGAGAAGGCAAGGAUUUUCUUAUACAGAAUAAUAACUCUGGAUUCUCACCUUACUCCAUGUACUAAGUAAAUCCUAGUGGAAUGUAAACCUAAAUAUGGAAAAGAAAUCUUUUAAAAUCUUCAACAUAAUCCUUUGGAGAUUGAGCAGAGGUAUACUGGAAAUAUCAAGUGAAUUAAUGUUUUUCUUAAACUGAGUAUUAGAUUAACAAGUGUGGAUGAUAUUUAACAUUGUGCAUAAAAUAUUGUAUAUCACCAAUAGUUGAUAAGAAAAUGAAAUUUAAGAACAUAUAUUGGUCUAUGUAAUCACAAAUUGUAAGAACUCACAGCACACACCUAUUAGUACUCUGUGUAAACAACAAUAAACUCUUGCAGAAGGUAAAACACCUGUGAGUACUGCAUUUUUAGUGGUUAUUGUUAUUUGUGUCCAUAUUUUAGUUGUUACUGUUGGGGAUUUUCUUGUUCUCAAUGAUUGUUAUUAAAAAUCUGCUGAAGAAAAUAAGCAAAGAGAAGAAUUCUUUAGCCCACCAAGAGACAAAGUGAAAUGUAGGAUGUGAAGAGGUUACUAUUAUUGGGUAGCAAUACCUUAGUCCUUGGAAAGGUCACAGGUCAAAUAAGAUUGUAAUUUUUCCUCUCUAUGAUUUUGUACCUAGCAGGCAUUUGGUAAAUAUUGGCUGAAUGAAGCAACUGGUAAAAGUUUAAUUAGAUGAAGUACAGAAGGUGCUUUUGGAGAGAGAGGUUCUUGAUAAGUUAAAACUGUGAGAAAAGAAUCAAAGUACAAAUUACUGAAUAUAAGUAGAGCAUAAAUCAGAGCUGAAGAGGGUGAGUUAGUUGUCUAUGCAUGUCUACGGUUUUUUUUUCCUGUGACUGCACAGUUUAUAAAGCUGUUAACCUCUGAACAAAAUAAAAAUUUUCUGUUUAUAA